AGUGACCACCAAACGAUGAUUGACUCAUACUUUAUUACAGAAAUAUUGAGUUAGCCUGGCCGCUCCGCCAUUAAAAGAUUAAGAAAUACUGAAAAGGUCAGGUCAAGCUGCUUCCUUUGUCAUAAAAUUCUCUGUUUUUUGUGUUUCCCAAGAAAAACAAAAGCAAGAAAUUUGGUGGGUUAUUGAUCUCGAUCUGGAUCAAAUGGAGGCUGAAGCUGAUUCCUACAAUGAAGUGAAGCCCAAAGCUGGGGAUUGCCAAGAGGUUUCCAUUAAUAAGAGUGUCAUGGAUGCUGCUACCGGCGCUGAUGGGGACACUGGAUCUCUCCUUCUUCUCCGAACCAACAGCUCCAGGCCUACUGCUAUGGCAACAUCUGGACCAAAUGCUGCAGUCCCUGCCUCAGAUCAACUUACCAUCUUCUAUGGUGGAAGUGUUCUUGUAUUUGAUGCAAUUCCUGCAGAAACGGCUCGUGAAAUUAUGCUUAUUGCAGCCGCAGCAGCAGCUGCUGUUAAACCUGCUGAGGUGAAGAAGACUGUUUCUGGCUCUCCAGCUGGUGGAACGCCAGUUCUUACCAGGUCUCCUUCACUACAAAGUGCUACAAGUGCUUUGGCUUCACCAAGAGCCCAGCCCUAUCCAGUGCAUCAAGGUUCCUCCCUUUGCAAAUUGCAAGCUGAAUUACCAAUUGCAAGGAGACAUUCUCUUCAGCGAUUUUUUGAGAAGCGACGUGACAGACUGUGCAGCAAAAGCCCAUAUCCCACUCCACCAGCAACCAAAAUGGCUGAAACCACAAAACCUGAUUUCAGUGCUGAAGUUUCACCAGAUGCAGGCUGCUUGGGGAAACCUCUUGCACCAGAAAAAGAAAUUCAACCAAAGGUUGCUGCCAAUGUAGCGUAAAUAUGCACAAAUGCUUCUGAUGUAUCAUGGACAGGGAAAGUCUUGUAUCAGCUUAUAUUUGUUAGCUUGUACUGUUCUAGCAAAAUUUCGUAGUGUGCUGGGAAGAUGAUGUUUUGACUUGCUUUUGGAUAUACUGUGGUAAAUGGAACAAAUUCUCAUUGAAACUAAUGGGAAUUUGUUCACAUAGUUGCCUCAUAGUCAUAACCGAAGGCGGUUGAAAUGUCUUGCUGAACCAGGGCUACCAAAACAACUAUUUGCUUUACUGUUAACUGCCACAAGCGAUUGAUAUAUGAUGGACAUGUGUGUCGUCUGCUUGUUGUGUGACUGUCUAAAGUGUAACGUUUAACAUUAAGAGACUUAUUGCAUGCUAAUGUCAUACAUUCUCGCGUGUUGUGUUAAA